CUUAAAUACACAUGGUCUCGCCGUCUCUCUCUCUCGACACAUACACAAACACAAACGCAGAGGCAAAAAUAGGCUCACUCUGUGUUUACUUUGUGUGUAUCUCAGUUGGGCGAGUCUCCUGCGUUUCUUCUAAAACCCUAAUCAUCAAAUUCUCAAAUGGAAGCGUGAGCUGCUUUUUUUUUUAAAUCAUUUUUAUCUGUCUCUGUUACUGGAGUUAAAUCCGUAGCUAUGGAGAGAUCCGACGUGAAGGAUUUCAAUGACUUCAUCAGCGCCUCUACCAGCUCAGCUUCUGGUGGGGAGAUGUUUGAUGCAUCCCAGUAUGCGUUUUUUGGAAAGGAUGUCACGGGUGAAGAGGAAUUAGGGGGUUUGGAGGAUGAAGUGGUUGAUUUUCUUCAAACUGGGGAAGAGUUGAAUGAGUAUCAUUUGUUUGAGAAAGAUGAGGGCUCAGGAUUAGGAUCAUUGACUGAGUUAGAUGAUUUGGCCACUACAUUUUCAAAGUUGAACAAAGUUGUUUCAGGGCCAAGACAUCCUGGAAUUAUUGGCGAUCGAGGAUCUGGAUCAUUCUCCAGGGGGAGUUCAUCAGCUACAGAAUGGACGAGAGAUGCAGACUUUCCUGAUUGGUUAGACCAUCACAUCUCCGAUUCCGAAUGUUACGAAGAAAGCAACAGAUGGUCAUCACAACCCCAUCUCUCAUCGAUGAAUCUUCCGGAACCCAAACCGUUAUACCGAACAUCGUCAUACCCUCAGCAACAGCAACAGUUACCACCCCACUUCUCUACUGACUCGAAUCUAUACCCAAAGCCUUCUUUCACUUCUUUCCCUCCACCAGGUUCCCAACAAAUCUCCCGCAACAAUUUGCAUCAUCUCAACUUCAGUGGGCCACCAUCACCUUUCUCCCCACAGAGCAGCUCACCAUUUUCGAGCUCCUCUGCCCAUUUGCCUGGUUUGCCUCAUGGGUAUCAUUAUAGUAACACUAACUUGGCACACCUAAUGUCCCCUAAUCUAUCUCUUCAUAACAAUUACCUCCAAAACCAUGGGAUUACUCGGGCCGGUCUCCUCCACGGGGACCACUCAGUCCUCUUAAACAAUAUCCGGCAGCAACAGUACCAAAACGAGUUGCUAUUACCUUCACACCUAACUUCGCCGCAGGUCCCGAUGCGCCACCUGUCGUUACAAUCAUCUUUACCACCCCAUUAUUCAGCUCUACAGUCUAGAAUAUUCAACACUGCCCACGCAAAUGAUCCGUAUGUGGACGAUUACUACCACCAGGCCCGCCUCGCCAAGAAAUCGGCCGAGACGAGGUCAAAAUUCCGUUUUUGCCCCUCCCACUCCAGGGAACAGUCGGGGUCUCGUUCCCGCAACAAUUCGGAGCCGCAGCCACACCUCCGUGUCGAUGCUCAUGGGCGGGUCUGUUUUUCUUCUGUCCGUAGGCCCGGCCCGCUUCUCAAUACCGACCCUCCUCCAUCUGCAUGUGGGGACAGUGAGCAAAAACCUUCCGGAAAGUCCCUGGAGCAAGAGCCAAUGCUCGCGGCUCGUGUGACAAUCGAGGAUGGUUUUUGCCUCCUUCUCGAUGUGGAUGACAUUGACCGGAUUCUUCAGUCCAGUCAGCAUCAGGAGGGUGGUGGGGUCCAAUCGAGGCGAAAGCGCCAUAUCCUACUCGAAGGCCUGGCCGCUUCCCUUCAGCUGGUGGACCCGCUUGGGAAAGGGGGAAACUCUGUUGGGCUGUCCCCGAAGGACGAUAUCGUCUUUUUACGGAUUGUCUCUGUUGCCAAGGGUCGUAAGCUCAUUUCUAGGUUCCUCCAGCUCCUUCUGCCGGGCAGCGAGCUUGCCCGGAUAGUUUGCAUGGCUAUUUUUCGACACCUUCGAUUUCUGUUCGGUGGCCUUCCGGAUGAUUCCGAGGCUGCUGAUACCUUAAAUGCCCUGGCCAAAACGGUAGCUGUUUGUGUUGGCGGUAUGGACCUUAAUGCCCUCAGUGCCUGUCUUGCGGCCGUCGUUUGCUCGUCCGAACAGCCGCCACUUCGCCCUUUCGGGAGUGUGUCCGGAGAUGGAGCUUCGGUCAUCUUGAAGUCUGUGUUAGAACGAGCAACUCAAUUGUUGAAUGAUCGUCAGUCAACUGUUAACAGUUUCACCGUGGCUAAUCCCGCCUUAUGGCAGGCUUCGUUCGAUGCUUUCUUUGGUCUUCUGACGAAAUAUUGUGCAAGUAAAUAUGAUAGUAUAAUGCAGUCGUUGAUUACACAAAACCCACAGAAUGCAGAGAUAGUUGCUGUGGAGAAUGCCCGAGCGGCCAGCCGGGAGAUGCCGGUCGAGCUGCUGAGAGCCAGUGUCCCGCACACUGAUGAGAGCCAAAAGAAGCUGUUAAUAAAUUUUGCUCGUCGAUCGAUGUCUGUCACUGGGCUCAACGGCCAUGGUGGGAAUAGCGGGCAAGCGAUAACUGAUACAAGUAAUUUGACUCAGAAUGCUGACGGCUCUGGUGUAGUUUAUUUCAAUGUUUGUACACCAUCACCACCAGAUGCU